CAGGGGGCCGGGGCGGGGUGGGGCGUGCGGCCGGGUCACGCCCGCCUCCAUCCGGGGGCCUGGGCCGCUAAGAUGGCGAUGUCCGUAGCAGUGGCGGCGGCUCGCGCCGCGCCCGGGAGCCCAGGGCUAGGGCCCGAGUAGCCCGGUCCCGGGAUCCGCGUCCUGGCCGCGGGGCGCCCUGGGGCGCGGCGGCCGCAGCCCCACCCUAAUCCUCGGUCUGCCCUCCUGGCGCGUCCAUGAACUCGGUGUCGCCGGCCGCCGCGCAGUACCGGAGCGGGAGCCCGGAGGACGCGCGCCGGCCCGAAAGCCGCAGGCCAAGGGUUCCCCGAGUCCCGGACCCCAACGGCCUGGGGCCCUCCGGAGCCAGCGGCCCGGCUCUUGGCUCUCCCGGAGCUGCCCCCGUUGAGCCGGACGAAGUGGACAAGUUCAAGGCCAAGUUUCUGACUGCCUGGAACAACGUCAAGUAUGGUUGGGCGGUUAAAAGCCGGACCAGCUUUAGCAAGAUCUCCAGCAUUCACCUCUGUGGACGCCGCUACCGUUUUGAGGGCGAGGGUGACAUCCAGCGUUUCCAGCGAGACUUUGUGUCCCGCCUGUGGCUUACUUAUCGCAGGGACUUUCCACCCCUGGCCGGGGGCUGCCUGACCUCUGAUUGUGGCUGGGGAUGCAUGUUGCGCAGUGGCCAGAUGAUGCUGGCCCAGGGCCUGCUACUGCAUUUCCUGCCCAGAGACUGGAGAUGGGCCGAGGGCACAGGCUUGCUUCACUCUGAGCUGUCAGGGGUGGCCUCUCCCAGCCGGUACCAUGGGCCUGCCCGCUGGAUGUCCCCACACUGGGCUCAGGGCACCCCUGAGCUGGAACAGGAACGUCGGCACCGGCAGAUUGUGUCCUGGUUUGCUGACAACCCCCGGGCCCCUUUUGGCCUACAUCGGCUGGUGGAGCUGGGACAGAGCUCAGGCAAGAAGGCGGGUGACUGGUAUGGGCCAUCGCUGGUGGCACACAUCCUCAGGAAAGCUGUGGAGAGCUGCUCAGAGGUCACCCGCCUGGUAGUGUAUGUUUCUCAGGACUGCACAGUUUACAAGGCGGAUGUGGCACGCCUGGUGGCCAGGCCGGACCCUACAGCUGAGUGGAAGUCUGUGGUCAUCCUGGUGCCUGUGCGACUGGGUGGUGAGACGCUCAACCCUGUGUACGUGCCCUGCGUGAAGGAGCUACUGCGGUCAGAACUGUGCUUAGGCAUCAUGGGGGGCAAGCCACGGCACUCACUGUACUUCAUCGGCUACCAGGAUGACUUCCUACUCUACCUGGACCCCCACUACUGCCAGCCAACAGUGGAUGUCAGCCAGGCUGAUUUUCCCCUGGAGUCUUUCCAUUGUACCUCACCCCGCAAGAUGGCCUUCGCCAAGAUGGACCCUAGCUGUACUGUGGGGUUCUAUGCUGGAGACCGAAAGGAGUUUGAGACGCUCUGCUCAGAGCUAACCAGGGUCCUCAGCUCCUCUUCGGCCACAGAACGGUACCCCAUGUUCACCCUGGCCGAGGGCCAUGCUCAGGACCACAGCCUGGAUGACCUCUGCUCCCAGCUUUCCCAGCCAGCCACUCUGCGCCUCCCUCGCACAGGGCGCCUCCUCAAGGCCAAGCGUCCAAGCUCCGAGGACUUUGUGUUUUUAUAAUGGGAUCGGGGGAAAGAUGCAAGACUAUUUAUUUUUUUAUUUAUGUCAUCUUGGGCAUGGGAUCUAGAACCCUGGUGAUAGGAUUUCCCAUUCUCACCCUCUCCACCAACCCAGCUGAGACCUGUCUAGUAGUCCACGGGGCUGGGGCUACUGAAGCAGGGGAUGAGCCCCAGGCAGCCCACCUCCUGCCAGCUGAGUCCUCCUCACAGGCAGGGAGUGAGAGGACUCCCGGGCACUCACUCAGGGCCUGACUCAAGUACUGUAGUUUGCACUGGACCAGCUGUGCCCCUCGUGUUCCCAAAGCUCCCCGUUAGGGGAACUUUGGCUGCUGGGGGAUAAUAAAGCUGCUGAACUUGAACAUGGAAA